CAAUUGAGCGUGCGAGUAUUCGUUCUUGUUAACCCAGCACCUGGUUCGAGGUGCACAGUGUAUAAUUCGGUUUGGCCCAAGCCGACAAGUCUCGAAUUGAGGCACCAUGAAAGUAUUUUCGCAAACUAGAGCACCCAAUGGAGAUGUUAGAGGAGUCGCGGGUGCCAGAGCUCGGUCCUUGCUUGGAGCCGCCGCAUGGCCACACCGAGCUGGACCACAGAAGCGCCGGGGAUUGCGCGUCCUGGCCGUCGCAAUGCCCUCCUCAGCCGCGUCGACCGCUUUGGCGGCGUCCGAGUCACAGCCGGCGGCUUUGGAGCUGAGCCCGGAGGCUCCGUCAGCGCCUGCGGUGGCGCAACAGUCUUCGGCAGCGGCGGCAGAGUCGCCGUUCCUCAGCCUGGGUAUCGAUCCGAUGCUGGCGGCGGCCCUGCCGGAGCUGGGUGUGGGCCGGCCGUCGGCAAUCCAAAUCACCGCACUACCGGCAGUGCUCACCGGCGGCAACUGCGCGGUGCAGAGCUACACCGGCUCUGGCAAGACGUUGUCGUAUCUGCUGCCGGUGCUGACACUGGGGCUGCGGCGCGCGGAGGCGCUGGCAGCGGACCCCCGCACGCCCAAGCGGGGCGGGCUGCCGGAUGUGCCCGUGCAGGCGCUUGUGGUGGCGCCAAGUCAGGAGCUGGCCAUGCAGAUCAUGCGGGUGGCCAAGUCGCUGCUGCCACCCGACAUGCGCAAGUGGGCGGUGCAGCAGGUGAUCGGCGGCGCAAACCCCAAACGCCAGGCGGAGGCGCUGUCGGCGGUGCCGGGUCCCCUGCUGGUUGUGGGCACGCCCGGCCGGCUGUCGGAGAUGGUGCGCACGGGCUCGCUCCGGCUGCACCAAUGCCCGAUCAUGGUCAUGGACGAGGCUGACCAGCUGCUGGCGUCGGCGUUCGCUGAGGACAUGGGUCACCUCAACGACCACUGCGGCAAGCGGCUGGACCUGCGCCCGCCGCAGCCGCACCAGUCGCCAGCUGACGAUUUGACCGGCAUUGACGCCGCCACAGCGGCCGCGGUGGCGUCGCUGCCCUUUGAGGGCGCCUCCGGCCGCCGCCAAACGGUGCUGGUCAGCGCCACGCUCACGCCCAGCGUGCUGAGCCGGUCGGCUAAGUGGUGUCCCUCGCCGCGCUUCGUGUCGGCGGGCGCCGUGCCGGCCAUUGUGCCGGGCAUCAGCGACGGCGACGGCGGCAUGGUGGCGCUGAUGAGCGGCGUCGCCAGCGCGACUGCGGGAGCGAGCGCGGGCGCGGGGCCAGCCGCUGCCGGCGCCGUGCCAGGAGGAGCCGAUGGCGCCGCGGACGCGACGAACCCGGCGUGGGGCUGGGGUGUGCGCGGCUGGGACGGGCCCGCCUCCCCGCUGGCGCCCCGCACUCGUGGCUCGGCGGGCGGCGUGCAAGCGGGUCAGGGGCUGGUGCCCACACUGCCGCCGCAGCUGCAACACUAUUACCUGGUGGCGGAGCCGCGGCACAAGGUGGACAUGCUGCGCCGCGCCGUGCACGCGCUGGGCGCCAACCGGGUGCUGGCCUUCAUGAACUUCCAGCAGCGGCUGCAGGACACGCAGUACAAGCUGCAGGCGCGAGGCAUCAAGGCUGGCGCGCUGCAUGGCGAGCUGCCGCGCCUGACCCGCUCCAACCUGCUCAAUAGCUUCCGCCGCGGCAAGCUGCGCGUGCUGUGCGUCAGCGACGUGGCGGCUCGCGGCCUGGACGUGCCCGCCUGCGACGCAGUGUUCAACCUGGAGCUGCCCUCCAGCGCGGCACACUACGCCCACCGCGCCGGCCGCACGGGACGCCUAACCGCGGCGCUAGCGGCUGAGGCCGCGGCGGAGGCGGCGCAGCAGGCCGCGGACGAGGCAGAGGCCGCUGCCGCCGAGGCGGCAGCCGCCGGCGGCGUCGCUGCCAGCAACCGCGCCGCCAAGGCGGCGGCUCAGAAGGCGGCGGCGGCUGUGGAAGAGGCGUUGGAGCUGGCGCAGGCGGCGGGAAGUGUGCUCACCAUCGUGACACCCAACGAGCGCUUCAUUGUGGACAAGUUGGCGGACCAGCUGGGAGUGCCGCUGCUGGAGGCGCACGUGGCACACGGCCAGCUGCGGCUGGGGCCCCCGCCCGCCGGCUACAGCUUCGACCGCGACACCGAGUCCGACCGCACGGAGCAGACGGCCAAGGACAAGACCAAGCGGAGGGACCGAGGCGCGGAGGCCUCCACCAGCGGGCGCGACGCGGCCUCCACCGGCAAGGCUGACAAGGGCAAGGGCAAGGCCGCGGCGCAGGAGGAGCCGCCCAAGCCCAAAGCCAAGCGGCUUACGGACGAGGAGCGUUACAACGAGAUCAUCGUGGAUGAGGAUGACGACAUCCCGCUGGGCGAUGAGCCGGAGGAGCAGAUGGGCGGGCGGCGGCGGCGCGGCAGCGGCGCGGCAACGGUGGCUGACGCAGACGACGGCUGGGGCGACGAUGACGGCGACGAUGAUGACGAAGUGGCGGACCACGAGAUUGUGGACGAGGACCUGGAGGCGUUCAAGAGGCUGCGGCCAUCGCAGGUGCGUGAGCUGGCGGCCACGGGCUCCGCAGCGGCGGUGGGCAUCGCAAUUAAGGGGCGCCGCAAACAGCGCAUCCUGCCGCCUGGGCUUGAGCCGGUCCCCAACCCCAGCGGGAGUAGCAGCAGCAGUGCCAAGGGUGGGGAGCGGGCAAAGAGCAGCGUAGGCUCGCGGGCAGGGCCCGGAGCAGGUGCGGGUGCGGGCGCCGCGAAGGAGGAGGAGAGGCCGCGCAAGGUGGUGAGCCGCAGUGAGCUCAUGGCGGAGCUGCGCUCGGAGCUGGAGGAACUCCGCAAGGAGAAGGAGGCCAACAAGGCCGCGCGGGGGCCGCGGCGGCGGUAGUACGGGUGUGCGAUAGUUGGCGGGUGGCGUGGGGAACCAGGCAGGAGGCGAGUGCUUCGGUGAUAUGAUGGUGUUCUGAUGGUGUUUUGGUGUGCGUUCCCCGGGUUAAGGUGUUUGUGUUAGCGAGGCUAGGAAAGGCCGAAAGGGAUUGCGAUGGGACAUGGUGAGGCCGUAAGGGGCAGGGCGGCGAAGUCCCGACAAUGUGAAUUUGCGACGGCAGAGCAGGGGCGCGAGUUACUGUCCCAAAGACUCGUCGGCUUGCUGGCGGGCUGGUAGUUUGCAUGAGUUUGCUGACGUCGUGAAAGGGAGGCACAGAGGCAGUAUGCCCCGGUAGAGGGCAGGACGCAGGGCACGAACUGACAGUGGUGGUGUUGCGUGGUGUGGCUGAGCUGUUUCUCGAC